AGAAGGUUCUCCAGAUAAAAUUUAAGUAUUCCAACAGAACCUAACAUCAUUUUGACGAAAGAAGAUGAUUAUGACGAAACAAAAUCGAGGGAUCUACACAGUUAUAACACUCAUGAUUCAUGUUUUGGGUACACUACAAAGUGUUAGCACUCAAGGAAGCACAACGGAGGAGUGUCUAACGUAUUCCCAAACAACUGAACCGUGUCUUACAUACCCCCAAAGUACAACAACAUCGGCUCCUACUACUACAACACCGAAACCAACAACGACAACACCGAUUCCAACAACCACAACACCGACUCCAACUACCACGCCAGUUCCCACAACUACCACACAGAAACCGACAACAACACCAGUUCCGACGACUACAACGGCAGUUCAAACAACUACAACUCCGGUUCCAACAACCACGACACCGAUUCCAACAACUACAACUCCGGUUCCAACAACCACGACACCAGUUCCAACAACCACGACACCAGUUCCAACAACCACGACACCAGUUCCAACAACCACAACACCGGUUCCAACGACUACAACACCAGUUCCAACUACAACUCCAGCUCCAACAACUAAAACACCGGUUCCGUCAACUACAACGCCAGUUCCAACAACUACAACUCCGGUUCCAACAACCACGACACCGAUUCCAACAACCAAAACACCGGUUCCAACGACUACAACACCAGUUCGAACUACAACUCCAGCUCCAACAACCAAAACACCGGUUCCAUCAACUACAACGCCAGUUCCAACAACUACAACUCCGGUUCCAACAACCACGACACCAGUUCCAACUACCACAACACCGAAACCAACUACGACAACACCGGUUCCAACAACGACAACACCUAUUCCAACAACCACUAAGCCAGCUCCAACAACCCCGACACCUGAACCAACAACUACGACUCCUGGACCAAAAACAACUACUUUGCCAACAGCUACAUCUUCGCCAAAAACUACUGAAGCUUGUCUUACGUAUCCACAGGACACAACAACACCGAAUCCUACAACUACAACACCGAUUCCAACCACGAAAACGCCAGUUGAAACCACGACAACGCCAGCUCCAACAACAACCACAACACCGAUCCCAACAACUACAACACCAGUUCCAACAACAACGCCACCGAUCGCAACAACCACCACGCCAAAUCCAACAACCACAACACCGAUCCCAACAACCACAGCAUCGGUUCCAACAACGACAACACCGGAACCAACUACUAAAAUACCGGUUAAAACAACCACUACAUCAGCACCAACAACUACAACGCCAGAUCCAACAACCACAACACAGGAACCAACAACGACAACACAGGCUCCAACAACUACAACGCAAGUUCCAACAACAACACCGGUGCCAGCCACUACAACGCCGGUUGCGCCCACCCCGAUACCAACAACUACGACUCCUGUACCAACUACACCUUCAGUAACAAUUACAAUAUCGCCUACAACAACUACUGAAGCUUGUAUUACGUAUCCACAAGAUACAACGACACCGGGACCUACAACUACAACACCAGUUCCAACCACGACAACACCACUUCCAACUACGACAACGCUAGCUCCAACCACAACCACAACACCGAUCCCAACAACCACCACGCGAAAACUAACAACCACAACACAGGGACCAAUAACCACAACACCGGUUCCAACAACCAAAACACCGGAACCAACUACUACAACACCGGUUCCAACAACCACAACAUCAGCUCAAACAACUACAACGCGAGAUCCAACAACCAAAACACCGGAACCAACUACUACAACACCGGUUCCGACAACCACAACAUCAGAUCCAACAACUACAACGCUAGUUCCAACAACAACGCCGGUACCAACAACUACGACUCCUAUACCAAACACAACUCCUUCACCAACAACUACAUCACCUUCAACAACUUCUGAAGCUUGUAUUACUUAUCCACAAGAUACAACAACACCUGAACCUACAACUACAACACCAGUUCCAACCACGACAACGCCAGCUCCAACAACUACUACAACACCGGAACCAACAACUACAACACCGGUUCCAACCACGACAACACCAGUUCCAACCACAACAACGCCAGCUCCAACAACCACCACAACACCGGAACCAACAACCACAACACCGAUCCCAACCACUACCACACCAGUUCCAACAACCACAAAACGGGUACCUACAACCACAACAGCGGUGACCACCCCUACCGAAGAACCAACAGAAUCUUGCCCCACGGACCCAGACGGCCAAUGUUCAACAACACCUUCUUCUUCUACAACGCAACCGCCAACAACAACCUCUGGUCCAAGCACCACAACACCAAAUACACCAACGCCCGUUCAAACAACUACAAUAUCGACGACAAUCACAAAACCGGGACCAACAACCACAACUGCGGUUUCCGUCACUACUGAAGCUACGACAGACGAUCCAUGUUCGGCUAACACUAAAACCACCGCACAACCCCCUGUCUGUAAGAGUGGCGAGGGAAUAAUGGAUUCUACUUGCGAUUCUGUUGAGUUGACAAUACACAUGGGAGAGACAAACAUUACUAUGCUUGUGAGUGAUUCCACGCUUAUCCUGAUUCCAGCCGUUGUUGGUACAGGUAACUGUACUGAAUCGAAAACACCGACAUGUGGAGUUGAUCUCUCUUGUAAGUCACCCGUUACCCCCGACCGUUGUGGCUUCAAUUGUGAUCCAAACGUGGUUUUAAACGUUAAAGGUGGAACUCCAAAUUUAUUUACAAUUCUAUCAUCCGUCACGGAAAAUAUCAUUGUUUCAGUUAAUCCUUUAUUAAGUUCAGGUUAGUUGGUUUGGAAUUCGGAAUAUCAGACGCGUUGAAUCAACGACAACCUUUUGGAGUGUAUCCAUAUGUCCACCCACUACAGAAAUCGAUGUCUUAUCCAUCAACGAGCGGUAACGUGUGCAUAUCACCUUUUUUUUGCCUCGUGCUGUGCGUGCUAAAUUUAGUUAACAACCCAGAUUUGU